CGGGAGCUUCAGUCGCUCUUGACUCUCCGACCAUCGGCGAGACAGAUAAAAACAAGGAGAGAUACGUGCGUGAUAGACAAAUAACGGAAUUUUUUUAAUCAUUUCGGAAGUGAAAAUUUCAUCAUGAGGUUGUUUAGGUGUUUGGUGCCGGUAGUGGUGCUGCUUUCGAUUAAGGACUCUUCUGCAAAGCCUGGCGUAAUACGCGAUUUGGUCGCUGGCAACGUCGGCAGGGUCGGCAGUUUGUUGGACCCGUUAGGACUCUUGAAGCCUAAAGGCGGUAGCAAUGCUAAUGCCCAGGCUAAUGCCCAGUCGUUAGGAGGAAAUUUGAAUUUCGGGCCUGUUGGGGUCGGCGGUGGAUUCUCCUCGGCCUCGUCGUCGGCGACGGCGAACAGCGGCGGCGGCGGUGGCGGCGGCGGCGGCGGCGGCUUGGCUUCCGCUUCUGCGAAAGCGGAUGCUCAAGCUGGCGGAUACGGAGGAUACGGCGGUUCGAAUGCAAACGCAAACGCGCAAGCGUCUGCCACUGGUAACGUACAAGGUUCCUCGGGAAUUCCCGGGGGGUAUUACGGCAAUAAUGGCGGGACCAGCGGUUAUUACCCUGGCGAUUCUCAUCCAGUCCAUCAACCGACGAAUUACGGAAGUUACGGUGGCUCUCAGUCCGGUGCUAACGCUAACGCUAACGCGAACGCGAAUGCAAAUGCCAAUGUCAUCGGCAGUGGCGGAGUGCAGCCGAUUGGUCCCUCAUAUUAUCCUUCCCUGCCCCAGAACAUCGGUAAUACUAACGCGAACGCUGGUGCAAACGUCCUGUCUAGUGGCGGCGUGAUUCCCGACAAGUAUCCUGGCGGAGAAGUAGAUAGAAUAGAAGUCAUUCCCGUAAACACGCUGCCACUCGCUCGACCAUCCCCGUCGUCUGUAAUCCAUCCGGUACCCUACCAGCCACAUGGAGCAGGUAAGGAAGAUGUGAUUGUCGUUGUCGAGGAAACUCCGCAAUACCCGCCGUAUCAUCGUCCGAGUCUGCCCCAUUACCACCAUCACCACCGUCGUCCGAAUUACGGCAAAGCGAAACAACAGCCCGUCGAGAUUAUCAUCGUCGAGGAACCGGCGGGGCCUAGUCCAGCUGAUGGCUACGGAAUUGGCGGCGUUCAAGGAACUCAUCCCUAUAAAGGCAAUCCAUUCUUAGGCGGCGCGGGAUCAAAUGCUAACGCCAAUGCUGAUGCUCAGGCUGGUGCAGGCGGAAACAGCGAAGGUGUCCUGGGGGGACACGGUGGUUAUCAACAACAAGGAUAUCAACAACAAGGGUACCAACAACAAGGGUACCAACAACAAGGGUACCAACAACAUGGGCAUCAACAACAAGGGUAUCAACAACAAGAAUAUCAACAACAAGGUGGUUCAAUCUAUCCAGUACAAUCAUCAGGGCAAGACAGUCAUCCGAUCGGCGCUAACAAUCCCUUCUUAAAUCCCGUCGGGUUUUCCAAUGGCAAUACUGCUGCCAACGCAAACGCGGAAGCUGGUGUCAUCGGAGAAAAACCGAUAGGCGUGAAUAAUCCGUUUUUCAAUGGCGGCGUAUCCCAUGGCGGAGGAGAAGAAGUGAAUUAUCAACUGGGAAGUUCGGAUAUUUUGAGCGAGAAACCAAAAGGCAUUCCUACCACUUACCCCGGACAAUCAGUCGGAGUAGGAUUUCCAGGUUCGCUCGGAGGUAAUGCUGGCGCUAUUGCCAACGCCAACGCCAAUGCCAACGCCGGCGCUGGAGCGGGCGCUGGAGCCGGUGGUGUUGGAGGAGGAUACGGACCGAUCAAGCAAACUCCUAUAUUAGUUGGUUCUGACGGAUAUAGACCCAUAGGCGGAUCUUCGGGAGUUCCUAGUGGUCACGGAACCGGUGCAGGUUAUGGUGGACAAGUCGGUGGUUCGUCUGGUGCUAAUUCCAAUGCCAAUACUAAUGCCGGAGCCGCCGGCGGUAGCUUCGGAGGAUCCGGCGGACAUGGAUCCGUUGUCGCAGGAUCUGGAGGUCACGGGGAAUACGGCGGAGGCUCUUUCGGUCAAGGUGGCGGUGGAUAUGGAACCGGUGGUACAGUCAUUCCCGCUCCACAUGCUGGAGGUUCUUCCGUCGCCAACGCUGGCGCCAACGCUAACGCUGGAGCUGCCGGUGGUAGUUUAGGAGGAUUCGGCGGACAUGGACCCGUUGUCACAGGAUCUGGAAGUCACGGGGGAUACGGCGGAGUCUCUUACGGUCAAGGUGGUGGUGGAUAUGAAACCGGUGGUGCAAACAUUCCCAGCGGACAUGCUGGAGGUUUUUCCGAUGCCAAUGCUGCAGCCAACGCCAACGCCAACGCUAAUGCUGGAGCCGCCGGCGAUAACUUGGGAGGAUCCGGCGGACAUGGACCCGUUCUUGCAGGAUCUGGAGGUCACGGCGGAUACGGCGGUAGCUCUUACGGUCAAGGUGGCGGUGCGUAUGGAACCGGUGGUGCAAACAUUCCCAGCGGACAUGCUGGAGGUUCUUCCAAUGCCAAUAGUAAUGCCAAUGCUAACGCUGGAGGUUCCGGUAAUGUCCUCGGUGGAUACGGAGACGGCGUUAAAGGAACGGGACAUGCCGGUGGACAUGGUGGUCAAGGUGGACUCGGCGGAUCUGUCGGAGGAGGCUCAAACGCCAGCGCUCAGGCGUCCUCCAACGCAAUCGCGUCCGGCGGUGGAUCGGCAUCAGCAAGCAGCAAAUCGUCGGCUUCUACUAACGGAUCGGGAUCUGCGAAAGCUGACGCGUCCAGCAGUGCGUCUUCAGGAUCUUACGGUGGUGAAUUAGGAUCGAAGAGUUCGGCGUCGAGCCAAGCGUCGGCCUCAACCGACAUCAGGGACAUGCUGAUCUUCAGUUAAACAUUGUGAUACGACGAAGGCGUUCGACGAGAAGAACUCGAAGAGGUCUUCUCGGCCAUAGGAGCGAUGUAAUACUCCGAUUUUACAUUUUUGAUGUUUCACAAACAAAACGUAAUCGGUACGAAUAUGAUAUUGCCUAACUUUACGAGGAUUAUAAAAUUAAUUAUUAAAACAUUAAAAGUACGUAUACACGUAAAGAACGGUUUUGCUAAAGUAUCUAAAAAUUUGGCUAGAUAUAGAUCCAAAAAUAAUUUUGUUGCACCAUCAAAAUAUUUAGAGUAAGUCGCUGAAGUAUGAUAAUAAUGUUGUAAAAAAUUUUGACAUUUUAGCAAUCAGUUUGAGUGUUCUAUAAUUAUUUUGAUAAUGCGACAAAAUUAUUU